AUGAAUUUAAUGUUUCGGAAGAAUAUGCGCGAGGGAGGCGGCCGAACUGGAGGCGGUGGAGCGAAAAGCAAGGUCGCCGCCGGAAGGCAUCAGCGCAAAACCCGCGAUAGCUACGGCGGGGCCGGUUCCGACGAGUAUCACUUCCGAACGCACAUCCUUUUCUCGCCGGCCCACCUCAAGCAGGACAAUGAAGUCAGCUUCGGGGGACAGCCCGGCAGCGGGGGCUUCGUCAGUUCUCGCAGCGAACCGAUCUCGCUGGCCACGCUCGACAAGGACUGCUUCAUCAUUCCGGUGCACAGCCUGGACCGCUUUCUGCCGGCCGGCAUUCCGCUCCCAACGCCCGAAACGGCAGACGCGUCGCAGGUCGGCCCGUUGAGUGUGUUGGAAGUGUCCGAUCCGAAGAUCUGUAUCCUGGCGCACCUCAUGAGCCCGCUGGAACCGAUCGAUCCGCUGCUCGAGUCACCGCUGGCCCAUCCGCUGAUGAAGCAGCGUGCCGUGGCCUCCGAGCUGCUGAACGAGGUCCAGCAGGGAAACAACGCCGUCGGCGGGAUGCUGCUGGCCAACAUGGAGCGCAGUUCGGCGGAAUUUCCUUUCAUCGCGUACUAUGUGAUAAACACCACCCAAACCGAUCCGGCCAUGUUUUACACCGGUGUCCGCGGGGCCUCCCUUUCCAAGUUCGAGCCCAAAAACACGCGCUACACGGCGGCCCACACGCUCGAUCUGUACAGCGAGGUAGCGUCCAUCUGCCGGCCCCCGUUGGCCCUGGCGCCCAACGAAGUCGGAAGCGUCAAAAGGGGCCAAACACCCUCGACCGGCUACAUCAUCAGCGUGUACAAGGUUUACGAAGGCGACGAUGGUGAACGGUUCGAGCGAAACUGGCUUUACUGGACCGGUGCCAGAAUGAUUUAUAGGUACCUCCCAAAGACGGCUGGCUUGCGACGAAUAACGCUACACAAGAGCGUUUCCUCGCGGGGCGACAAGAUGUAUCUGCUGCUGUGCGAGUGUGCCGACCUACUGAAGGACCUGUCGGCGGCCGCCCUUCUAAUACCGGCCCUGCGGGCCCGCCUGUGCGGUUACACUGGGCUCUAUCGACCCAUUCAAACGUUUUGA